GCGCGUUCGUACUAUGCACCGACGAUAGUACGGCAGCACAUACGGAAAUCACAAAUCGAAACACUCGCAAUCUGCACUGCGCUUUCAGCGCAAUCCUUGACCCAUCAUGUCGACCGUCAACUAUUUGCUGCACGAAUCCAGUGUGGGCUAUGCAGUUUUCACGGUCAAGCUGCAGUCCGACACCGUCGGUGCUCGUCUGAAGGAGGUGCAAGACUCCCAUGCCGACCUUGCAAAGUUUGGAAAGAUGGUCCAGUUGGUCUCAUUUGCACCAUUUCAAGGCGCCAGCCAGGCUUUGGAAAACGCCAAUGAGGUCUCCGAAGGUCUUAUGAGCGACUACUUGCGCACUGUAUUGGAAGCCAACCUGCCCAAAGCAGGCAAGAAGAGCAAGGUCAUCUUGGGAGUAGGCGACAAGAACUUGGCAGGAAGCAUCAAAGCAGGGUUUUCCGGCAUUGAUUGUGAGACUCCGGAGACCAGCGAGCUUGCAGGCGAUCUCCUCCGUGGUCUUCGUCUUCACGCAGAAAAGUUGCUCAAGGGUCUUCAGACUGGAGAUAUUUCUCGUGCUCAGCUCGGUCUCGGCCACGCGUACAGUCGUGCCAAGGUCAAGUUCAGCGUGCAGAAAAACGACAACCAUAUCAUCCAGGCGAUUGCAACCAUUGACCAUCUGGACAAGGCCGUCAACACCUUUUCCAUGAGAGUCCGCGAGUGGUACGGAUGGCAUUUCCCCGAAUUGGUCCGCAUUGUCAGCGACAACCAGCAAUACGCAAAAUGCGCUCUUUUCAUCGGCGACAAGAAAUCGCUUACCGAAGACAGCCUGCACGAUUUGGCACGCAUUGUUGAGGAUGACGAGACGAUCGCCCGUGCCAUCAUCGAAGCUGCUCGUAUCUCUAUGGGUCAAGACUUGACCGAGAAUGACAUGGAGAACGUCAUGCUCUUCGCCAAGCGCACUGCUGAGCUAGCCGCUUACCGCAAAACCCUCGGGAGCUAUCUUGUCGCGAAGAUGGGCAUUGUCGCUCCCAAUCUUGCCGCACUCAUUGGCGAGACUGUCGGUGCCCGUCUCAUUUCACACGCUGGCUCCCUGACCAACCUCGCCAAAUACCCUGCUUCGACCGUGCAGAUUCUUGGAGCAGAGAAGGCGCUCUUCCGCGCAUUGAAGACCAAAGGCAACACACCCAAAUAUGGUCUCAUCUACCACUCCUCGUUCAUCGGACGAGCUGGAGCAAAGAACAAGGGAAGAAUCUCUCGAUUCUUGGCCAACAAAGCGUCCAUUGCUUCACGAAUCGACAACUUUAGCACGCAGCCUACACGGAGGUUUGGUGAAGCUCUGCGCAACCAAGUUGAGGAGAGGUUAAGAUUUUACGAUGAGGGAGUCAACCCCACAAAGAACGCAGAUGCGAUGACACGAGCCAUGGACCUUACUCUUGCAGACAUCAACAUCGAAGACCCUACAGCCGAUGGCGCGGACGAGGAGAUCUCCGCACCCGGUGUCACUGCUAAGGCGGUUGAGCAAAAGCAACGCAAGGAGAAGAAGAGCAAGAGCUCAAAGUCCGCCGACGUUGAGAUGGUCGAUGCCGACGACGAGGAGGCUGCCAAAGCCGCGAAGAAGGCCGCGAAGAAAGCGAAGAGGCUCUCCUCUUCUGCCGACGCAGUCGAUGAGGACGCCGUAAAGGCUAAGCUCAAGAAGGACGCCAAGGAGAAGCGCAAGUCAGAGGUGCUGGCAAGCGGCGAGGUGCCUGACGACCAGAUCAAGAAGAAGAAGAAGAAGAGCAAGUCGGAGUAGAGCUUUCUUGUAAUUUCUGGUCUGGCAUGGUGGCGAUUCUUUCUUCAAGGUAAUCGCAGCGGCGUUUCGAGGCGUUUAUUGGGUAGGCAUGUUGCCAAUGGGCUCACUUGCGUGUCAACAGAAUUAUGUACAGUCAAUCUCAUGUAUGCGAUCGUUGAAAACUGCCAGUUUGCAUUUCUACCUAGCAAGAACAUCGUCUACGAUACAAGUAGUGUUCAUUCUGGUGCCGAUUUUGGUCAUGACAAAAUUUUCGUUAAAUCUAG